GAGUAAGUAGAUAUGAAGCUAUUUAGAAAGUCUAAAGAAAAGAGGAGGCGGAGAAGAGUCAAAUGGUGGUGACUUGAUUCUUCCCUUCCUAAUGCAUUGCCCUUUAAUUCCAGGCGUGAAUGACAGAGGAAGUGCCCUCCAGUGCACUUAGUGAGGUCAACCUACGUCUUCUUUGCCACGAUGACAUAGACACAGUGAAGCAGCUCUGUGGUGACUGGUUCCCAAUUGAGUACCCUGACUCAUGGUAUCGUGACAUCACUUCCAAUAAGAAAUUUUUUUCCCUUGCUGCAACUUACAGAGGAGCCAUUGUGGGUAUGAUAGUUGCUGAAAUAAAAAGUAGGACAAAGGUACACAAAGAGGAUGGAGAUAUUCUAGCCUCAAACUUCUCUGUUGAUACACAGGUCGCAUACAUCUUAAGUCUAGGAGUGGUAAAAGAGUUCAGAAAGCAUGGAAUAGGUUCCCUUUUACUUGAAAGCCUAAAGGAUCACAUAUCUACUACAGCUCAAGACCACUGCAAAGCCAUCUACCUGCAUGUCCUCACCACUAACAAUACAGCAAUAAACUUCUAUGAAAACAGAGACUUUAAGCAACACCACUAUCUACCCUAUUAUUACUCCAUAAGAGGAGUCCUCAAAGAUGGCUUCACCUAUGUACUCUACAUCAAUGGGGGGCAUCCUCCUUGGACAAUUUUUGACUACCUUCAGCACAUUGGGUCUGCAUUAGCAAACCUGAGCCCAUGUUCAAUUCCACAGCGGAUUUAUCGCCAGGCCCAGAGUCUUCUUUGCAGCCUUUUGCCGUGGUCAAGCAUUUCGGCCAAGAGUGGCAUCGAGUACAGCAGAGCCAUGUGAUUGGUCAGAAGGCCCUCCCCAGAAACCACCAAGAGGUGCCAGAGUAUCCAGUUAUCUUCACCUGAGAGCCUCGCCUCUACACCACAAUAAACCAGUCCUGUGGGACUGGCUCCCAAGGUGGAGGUGCCACCUGCUAGGCUACCAACCCAAGUUGCUAUUCAAUGAGCCUUGGGGAGCCCAGGGUCAGCAGACCAGGGGAUGACGAUGGAGAGGCACAUGGAGAGUUAGUUGACUUUGUGUUCUUGUCUUUGUCUUUGAGGGGUUUUUGAACUCUUCUGCUCCCGAAGCCAUUUAUUUCUGCACUGAUGCUGCUAACCCUGGCUUCCAUGAACUCUCUCCAUCUGCUCUAGCAAGUCUGCCCUCUGUGGACCAGAUGGAGAUUUGGCCUGACUUAUUGUGGUGUCCCCUUCUCCCCUCUCCUGGGAAUAGGAGGGAGUGAGUGGAUUUUCUCUUUUCCUACCCAGCCUCUUUGCCGGGAACCACAGGACCUGACGGCUGAAGAGAAGCACUCCAGCCCUCCUGCGGUACCCCCAAGCCACUCCCACCUUCACUCCCUCCCCCGCCCCCCAGCAGGCCUGAGCUGCCCACAUGAGCUCUGCUCCUUCAUUCUGAGUCAACAAGGCUGGCCCUGAGGAGAGCGUGGCUUCAGAGCAAUAGAGCAAGUGAUUACGGGAAGGUCAGAGACCCUCCCACAGCAGGACACAGGCAAGGCCAGCUCCUGGCUGAGGCGCAGCCCGGGAGGCUAGCUCAGAAGCUACUCCUGCCUCCUGUCAGGACCACGAAGAUCUCUAGGCACAGAGCCUUGUCGUCCCCCACAACAAAUCAUCGUGUCCGGUGGUCCGACGUCUCCAGCAAAGGGGGCUCCUGAUCACCUGGAGGAGGGUGGCUUGAUAGCAAGGGCUCCUUCAUUCCCUGGUUCCCACCUUGAAGAUGCACUCUCUGUUCCCUUCUGCCUUGGACUUUGCACUGAAGAGAGAGAUCACAAUUCCUAUUUCAUAGUGAAAUACAUUGUCUGCCUCAGCUGAACUGGUCCUCGGGGUGGCAAGGAGGAGAGCUCCGCAGUGCUCCUGAGACCAGGCCUAGGCUUUCCCCAUCUAGAUCAUCACCUUCCCCGAAGCUCCUCAGCCAUUACUCCAACCAGAGCCAACAUGAAUCCUCUGUACGGGAAGUUAUGAACGUGGGUCCCAGCUUCUGGUUCCUCUGGUGUAGUCCCUGUAAGAGGCUCUGAUCCGAGCGGGUCCGGGCCACGUGCCUUGUAGCUUUCAGCCCCCAUGGAGAGGGUUUGUUCCUUCUGGAUUCACUGAGGGGAGGACACCAUGGCGGUCACUCAGCUGCUUCAGUUCUGUGAAGUGUGCUCGCAGCCUGAGAUCUGUCGUUGCCAUUACAUUCACUUGUCUCCUACACCCCAGGAGCCCCUGUGUUUUCUAGGUAUGGUUUAGUUCCAGCUUGCAGGAGUACCCAGUGUCCAGUGUUACAAGCAGCCAUUCUUUCCAAAUCUCUAAACCCGAGCUGGGGGAGGGGGAGAAAAACACAGACCUCUCGGCCUUCCCCGCCCCAUACCAAUCAAAUUCUCCUUUCAAAAUUCUGUUUCCGUUUUAGACUUCUAUAGCUCUCAGGACCUUAGCAUCACCCUAGGGCAAGCAGUUACCAUCUCAUCCUAACGAUAGGCCUGCCUGCCCUGGUGGUGACCUGCGGAGGCACAAUGGUUAGCGAAACCUUGAAAUGAAGGGGAUCCCUUUGGGCAGGACAACCAUUUACCAUUUUGUGUGUCUUUCAUCGCUUAAUGGGAGGUUUGUGUUGGUGUUCCCCCACCCUCUCGUUGUCCCAUGGGUGGGCAGACACUAUAAAGUACUUGAUUUUAAAAGAAAUUAGGGGUACUGGUGAUACCAGUGGCACAGGUGGGGUUAGUUUCCUACUAAAUCAGCUUUGGUAGUUUGGAUGCUGGCCAGUGCUGAGACCCCAGUGUGGUCUAAUACUUAAUGAUAAAAUAAAGAUGUUCAUCUGAUUUUGUUUUCUGUGCUGAGGGGUGGGGAGAAGUCUUCCAGAUCUGAAGCCUUUUGACAUCUAGUGUUCAAGCUAAAGAUAAGUUGCUGUGGCCCCUCAGCACUCCCUUUCUCCCAUAAUCACUGUAGUGUCCAACUUGGUGUUGAAUGGAUUGUAGUGUUUGUCUUAUUAGGAAAAAAAACAACAGAAUAAAACCGUAAUCAAAUCCA